CUAUGCAUCAUAUAUUAAUAUUAUCUUCAUUUUUGUUGAUUUCGUCCACCGCAUAUGGUUUUACAUGUCCCCAAAAUGAAGGUUUCACUUUCCAUGGAGAUGUAUCAACUGCAUGCCAAGUGUACUUUAUGUGUUACAAAGGACAAAAGACAAGCCUUCGCUGUCAAAACGGAUUCGCAUUUGAUGAUUACACUUCUCGUUGCUCUGACGCUUCCGAGUUUAUAUGCAGUAAUGACAGGCAGCUCACCAGAAGCAAGAGCUCAGAUGUCAUGAUUCAUUCCAUAUCAAAGGUUAAAGCAAAAGAUAGCGCGAUGGAUUUAAUUAACGUUUUAAUAACCGAUGUGAAACAUACAUUGAAAGAAGUAUCUCCUUCUAUUUAUAAUUCCCUUGUAGAAAACUCUGUAAACAUUCUGAAAUCAAUAAAAGAUGAUAUUCUACCAAUCUUGAAACACACUUUCAUCCCUAAAACACAAAAUGCUUACACUUACGCAAAGGAUCUUAAAGAUAGGAUAAUCAAAAACUUCUACCAAUCUUGGGGACUUUCGAACUCGACUUAUGUUCAUCUUGUGUCUUUUUCGGAUAUUUUUUCCGAUGUCUCAAAUGAUUUGAAAAAUGUUACUCAACUUGGAAGAUACUUUUCAUCAAGAGUGUUGGCGGCAAGAACAAAGCGAAGUAUUGUGCUAGCCAGAUCAUUAUUUGAUACAAUUGCAACUGUUGUACAGCCAGUCUUAAAGAUGAUUUUCAAAUCUGUAGUAACAGCAGUUGGUGGGGAUGAUCCGUUCAUGAAGGACUACGCUUUACCAAUGUUUUUUGAGAUAUUAGAUGAUUCACAGAGCACUUUACAAAUAAGGGAAAUCCUCUGGAAAGCUAACAAUAUAUUUUCUCCUAUUUCUAAUCAAAUAUUUCGGGGACGUCGGUAUAAAGAUGCCAGAGGUGUUACCUACAUGAUAGCGACACCGGAACUGACCAGGGCCAUAUUCAAAUUCUACACUGAAGUAGAGCCAAUCUGCAAAGAUAUUGUCAAGAGACAUCUUCAGAUGAUUCUGGUCAGGUCAGCUCAGAAUUUACCUGUUAUAACAGAUACACUUCAGCGUCUAAGCGUUUAUGCUAGAAAAGAAGCCAGGGAACUGAAACAUGACCUUUUAUUAUUCUUUGACAAGCACUCAGAAUAUUUCUUGACCAAUGAUAAAUCCUUUAGAAACGUCAGGAACUUUGUUGAGAUGUCGAAUGAUUGGAUACAUAUAAAGAUGAAUCUAAUCAAAGUUUUCAAGGCUUAUUUACGCCACUCUCCGAACUCCAUUGUGAAAUUCGUCAUGAAUUGGGACUCUGUUCUAAAAAGACGGCCUUAAUUACGCUAUGCUGUAUAUCAUUUUAACGGGAAAGAUGUGUAUAUUUUUAUUAAUAUAUGCAAUAUAUUGCGUUUCAAAGUGAA